AUGUUGGAUGAGAAUCUCCCUACCUUUGUUCUCAAGCCGUCAAAGGACAGACCGAAACAGAACUCGACGUUCUUUUUCUCUCAGCAUGGCGCCGAUUUUGAGCCUGCCUACACCCUGCGCCAUCUCGACCCGGAGCAGUACGCUUCUCGAAAUCGAUAUGCCGUCGCUCUCUACGAUGCCUUCAAUCCUGAUGUCCUCUAUGCGGAAGUCCUCCUUAUUCCAGAAUGGACGCAACCGCCCCCAGUCUCCGAACAAGCCAGACUGAACGGCGCAGUUCCUCCCCCUCCCGAGCCUAUCCUCCCUACAGAAUUCGCGAUACAGUUAUAUAAUCCAGAUCAGCAGGUGAUGGUCAGGCACAAACCAGCAAGCUGGAACACUGCGGCGUGUUGGGAAUUCGAGAUGCCUCAGCAGACAUUCCGAGCGCCGUCUACCUCAGCACUAGAUCGGGGCCAGCAUGACCCUGCCGCUUCUGAGGUUACACCCAUGGUCGGCUUCAAAUGGAAGAAGGAUAGCAAAUUUUCCAAAGAUCUAGCAUGUUUUCUUUCUGGGAAGAGCACGGAUAUCGUCGGUAGCAAGUCGAAAAGCAAAGAGCCGGAUAUUACGGUGUCGAUAUUCAAAGGGUUGAAGGAACUCACACUGUACGAACCCAACCUACAAAGAGUUGACAUCGAGGACUUAAAAGGGUUUGAGGUUGUCCUAUUGCUAGGAGCCGUGGUCAUUCGUGACGUGUACUUUGGUUCCCUCAAGGAGACCUUCAACAUUUCCGCAGCCGGAAAAAAAUCCAACCCUACGAGUCCGAACUCGGCCGCCGCCGCACUAGCCACCGGUGUUCGUCCUCAGACGGCUUCGCCAACCGCUUCUCAAGGACCAACCCGCGAUCCGCGCGUGCCUCCGACCGAUCCAAGAAGUCAAUGGGAGUUGGACGCCGAGACCACUCGCUUGCAGAGACAAUUUGCAGAAGAAGAACGGGCCAAGCGAUGCCGGGAAGAGGAAGAAGAAAGGAGGACUAGACUCUUGCUAGAAAACGAGGAGAAGGAACGACGUAGACGGCAGCAGGCUGAAAUUGACCUGGAAACUGAACGACUCAAGCAAUUGUAUGGCCAUGAAGACGCCCAUGCACGUCCAAACUUGCCGCCUCGAGAUCCGCGACAGCAAAGACAUCACUCGGAAUCAUUGCAGACCGCGUACCGGCAAUCUCAGCAAGGCUCCCGGCCAACAGCGCCCUACGCCAACGCAUGGGGUGGUUAUCCUGCAAGCGGCCCCAAUAGCGGCCCAUACAUGUCAGGCGCGGCUUCUCAGUCGACCCUGCUCACACCUCACACUUCACAAGCACCCAAUCUGAAACAGAAGUCGAGCAUUUUCAAUUUCCGCCGGCGCAGCGACCAUGAUGCAAACAAAUUGCAGAGAAAACGAAGUGCCGUAUUCUGA